AGGACAGCACCGGGAGGGAGAGAGCUGACUGAAAUAAAUGGACAGACUGUGAGAGGAGGCAGAGAAGACUGUACCAGACUAGGCUGGGGUGAAAAAUAAGAAGGGCACCAAAAGAGGGAGGUUGUGUGUGUGUGUGUGUGCCAGGUUGAGACUGCAGACUGAGUACGUAGGUCCCUGAGAGCAGCAGCACAGGAAGAGGGAAAGGUGUUUUGGCUGAGAGAGCAGAGCACUGCGUAUGGAGAGCGAUGUUAUCGUGAGACUCAGAGGGCUGAAGCAGUGUGUGUGUUUGUGCAAGAAAGUAUAGCCUAAUGUUUAUCUUUAGUAUGUGCAUCAUCAUGUUUCUGUUUUGAUACAUGCAUGGGGUUGUCGAUUGUUUUCAGUGAGGUUUAUGCUAUGCAUUUAUGCUUUGUCAUUAAGUCAGUGCUAAGUUAGUGCUAAACUCUGAGGCUGUAUUUAAGGCCUAGUGGCAAUUGAGUAGUGUGUAUGUUUGUGUGUGUCAGAAUUCUGAUCAGGCAGUGCACCGCUCUAUGGGUCUAUGGAUCCUUCCUAGCUCUAUCGAUCGUCAGCUCUGAGCCUGAUGAAGCGUUAUUUCUGUCCCUGUUUCAGCUUACUGGUGAGUCAGGACUGGAGUAAGAGCGAUGAGAGACUACUGCAGGCUGUAGAGCAGAACGAGCCUGACAAAGUAGCUGCCCUGAUUGUGAAGAAGGGACUUUGUCCCACCAAACUGGACGUGGAGGGAAAGUCAGCGUUCCAUCUCUGUGCGUCUCGAGGUCGUCUGGACUGCUUGGAGGUCAUCCUGGCUCACGGGCCAGACAUUAACGUGACAGAUGGUACAGGCUUCAGUGCCCUUCACCUAGCAGCAAAGAACUGCCAGCCUGAGUGCCUGAAGAGACUAUUACAGGAGAGAUUGUCUGUAGACUCCACAGACAGCUUUGGCCGGACAGCUUUGCAUCACGCAGCUGUGAGCGGCUGCUUGUCCUGCACUGAGACUCUGUGGGACUUCAAGGCCAGUCUGGAUGCCCAGGACGGGGAUGGGGUGACCGCGCUGAUCCUAGGAGCCCAGAUGAGCAGAGUGGAGCUGUGUGCUUUCCUGUUGGACCGAGGAGCCAAUCCCAACAUACAGGACAGCCAGGGCAGGUCAGCCCUGAUGCUGGCCUGUGAGAGUGACAGUGCAGAGACUGUGGAGGCGUUGCUAAGGGGAGGGGCUAACCCACAUCUGGCCGACGCCCUCGGACACCACGCAGCCCACUACAGCGCAACUGCCGGCAACCAGCGCAUUGCACAGCUGCUGCAAAACAGAGCUCCAGCCACUGAGGGCAAUGGAGAAGAGCGACAACCCCCUCCUCCCCCUCCUCUACCAGGGGGUACGACCCCCCGUAAGAGGAAAGCCCCCCCUCCUCCACGCUCCCCUCCCCAGGGCUCCCCGCCAUCUCCUGCCUCCCAGAGCCCUCCUCCCCCUGCCUCUCCUGAGCCUCUGACCCAGAGACCCGCUCCCCUUCCUCAGUCCCCAGAGACGCAGCGCUCUGCUCAGGCUAACCUUAUGGAGGAUGAGGAGGUGUUUGAGGAGAUCCGCAGACUGCGUCUGGAAAGGGGACGUCUGCUCCAGAAGAUCAAAGGUCUGGAGCAGCAGCAGAACAGCGCCCACACUGCCCUGGAGGAGCUGACUCAGCUGAGAGAGCGUCUGCAGCAGGCGGAGGCAGAGCGGGACAGGCUGCAGACUGAGCUGGAGGAGCUGAAGGCAGGUCAGGUGAUCGGUGCCAGUGACUCAGAUGACGACAUGCUGGACUUCCCAGGUGCUGAGAAGCUGCUCUCCAGGCGGUCGAGAGAGUCUCCCUCUGCUCUGGACGAGGGGGAGGCAGACUCCCUCAACCCCACCUCUCCUGGUGCUGCAGACUCCGACACUGUGGCUGAGCUACGCAGACAGCUGAAAGAGCUGGCCUUACAGAAUCAGGAGCUGGUCCUGAAAGUGCAGAUGCUGGAGAUGUUUGAGAAAGAUGACACUGACAUGCAGACAUCCGGCCCAGACUUUGUCCCCACGGCUCUGUAUGACUCCCUGAGGAGGGAGUUUGAAGCUCUGCAGGAGCACUACUCCCAGGCCCAGGCUUCAGCUGAGGCCUCCAGCAUGGCAGGGGAACAGGGGUAAGGAUUACCACCCACACCAUCUUACACCAGCCACCUUAUACCUUCUGGAUAAGAGCAUCUACUAAAUGACUAAAAUGUCACAUUCACACCACCCACUAGGGUUCGAGUUCAAUUUAUAGA